AGAUUUAAAUUUUGUGAAUUCUAAGUUAUAGGAUAAUGAUGUCAACCAUUUGUACAUAUUUAAAGAUAUGUAUAAUUUGGACUAUAUAUAUUGCAGUGUCGAACCCAUAACUCAAAACCUACAUCCAUUACCCAAGAGCUCACAUUAUAGAUAGAUAUCUGUUAAAAGAUCGAGGUGCACCAAGAUAUUCCCUUAUAAAAAGAUUGAAGAAAUUAAGGGGUAACUUGUACUAACCAUGGCCCUCAGACCUAUAAGACAGAGUUAUAGACCAAAUUUACUUUUCUUUGGAAGAUGCUAUUAUUAUUAUUAGUUCCCAUUUCCACCACAUUCUUGUAUAAAUACUUUGCUUUUGUUGUUCAGAGAAAGAAAGGAUAUAAACUAAACCGGUGGAGAUGACACUUAAUUAAUUCUUUCACUCUCAUCAUCCCCCUAUUUUUUAGUUAAGUUUUGAAGCCAACAAUCAGGGAAAUCUAUGGCUCAACAGGAAGAAGGUUGGCCACUUGGGCUUCAACCAUUAAAUGUGAGAAAUCUUGGAUCAAUUUCAUUCAAUACUUUGAUCACUGCUUCUCCUUCUUCUUCAUCUCAUUCUUCUUCUGAUCUUGAUACUGAGUCUACUGCUUCAUUCUUUCAUGACAAAAGCAUAACUCUAGGAAGCCUCAUUGGAAUUACAAGCAUUCUAGAGUUUUCAAGAAGAUCAACAAGAAGAAGAACAAUAGUAGAAACCAAAAUAAGGGACAACAACAACAACAAGAAUCUUACUAAUAGUAACAACAAAUCAAGAACUUGGUUAUUUUCACUUUGCUCAAAACUAAAUACUGAUGCAGUGAACAUGAAUGACAUUAAUUCUGCCCCAUCUUUAGGCCAUUUUCUUGAAGAAGAGAGAAAAGCAGCUGCAAAUAAUAAUUAUGGACUUGAUGAUUUUAAUCAAUUAUCAAAUCAACAUUCAAAUGUGAACAAUAAUUCAUUGUUCAUUGAUAGCCAAAUUGCUCCUCCUUCUCAUCUUCAUGAUGAUGAGUCAAGAAAAGGGCUAUUCGAGCAAGAUGGUCAUCAUGGAAGUCCUUUAAUUUUUUCAUGUUUAUGUGGACAUUUAGUUCAUUGAUUGAUUUUCAAUUGUUGUGAAAUUUUAUGAGAAAAUUUUAUAAUUGACAUAUA